AUGGCCGAUUUAUCUUCCGCUUUUUCUUUCCUGACGGACAAUUCCGUUGCGGCUGUGGCCAAGGAUGCAUACAACUCGUUCUCAGAGCGCAGGGAGGCCCUCGGCCUCUCCAACCCGGGAACUGUGGAUAACAUCGCGAGGGAGGUGCAGAAGGAGGUCUUGCUGUCCAACUUCAUGUUCACAGGUCUCCGGGCAGACUUGACAAAGGCUUUCAGCAUGUCUCCCCUUUUCCGUGUGUCGCAUGCAUUCGCCAUGGGCUCGUCGGGUAACCUGCCUCCGUACGCUUUCUCGGCCAUGUACGGAAGUCCCAGGGUGUUCACGCAAGGCAACUUCGGAAGCGAUGGCUCGCUUGCCGCCGUUGGUAACUACCGCUGGAGUCCCAAGUUUGUCACCAAGGCCAACACACAGAUCAUGGCUGGUGCGACCCAGGGUCUGCUGCAACUCGACAAUGACUACACUGGUGACGACUUCUCGGCAUCUAUCAAGGCGUUCAACCCCUCUCUCUUGGAUGGCGGCCUAACCGGAAUCUUCGUCGGAAGCUACCUUCAAUCCAUUACCCCCAACCUGGCUCUCGGUUUCGAAGCGAUCUGGCAGCGUCAGGGAAUGAGCACUCGUCCCGAAACUGCACUUUCGUACUGCGGCCGUUAUAAGACCAGUGACUGGAUCGCCAGUGCUCAGCUCCAGGCUCAGGGUGUCUUCGCUGCCUCGUACUGGAGAAAGCUGUCUGAACGUAUUGAGGCUGGUGUCGACAUGAACCUUCAGUUUGCUCCCAACCCGGCGGCAGCUAUGAUGGGUGCUCCCAGCAAAGACGGCACUACCUCCAUUGGAGCUAAAUACGACUUCCGCGCCUCUUCGUUCCGUGCUCAGGUUGACAGCACCGGUAAGGUCAGCUGCCUUUUGGAGAAGCGGAUAGCUAUGCCCAUUGCUCUCACUUUUGCCGGUGAGAUUGACCACGCUAAGCAAUCUGCCAAGCUUGGUCUUGCUGUAUCCCUCGAGAUCGCUGGUGAGGAGAUGCUGGAACAGCAGGAGAAGAUUGAGGCUCACGGCAUGGUUCCUCCUCCUUUCUAA